CUUCCUGAAAGAGAAUCUGACGCUCGGGGAGCUCGUACCACUUCAGCUCCGACUUUGUCGCUCAUAAUCAGAUGACAGCACGUACGCAACAAACGUAGAGAUAGAAAAACAGAAGCUGAUAAAAACAAAAACUCAGAGUCAACUACUUCCGCAUCACAGCAAAAGUGUACAACUCGUACUACCCCCGAAGAAGUCCUCUCGCCUCUGACAGUCAUCUUCGUCUUCGAGACUACUACUUUCCAUCCACCGCACACCAGCUGCUUCGUUCUGUGUCGUGUCCUCUUCUAACGACGAGCAGCAGCAGGUGAGAAAAAGCUUCAAGAAAGACCGAAACAAAAUCCGCACCUCGCGCUGCUCUUCGACAGCACGACUAUGAGCAGCAAACGCGGCAGCACGAUUACUUCUGGCGGUAGCAACCAGCAGUCCCGGUCUGGAUCUUCCGCGCAGAUGAAUCACAACAACACCGGAGGAGGACAGCACACCUACUACACUUCCUACAGCGACAACGAGAAUUUAACCAUCUUCCACCGGGUGAGCAAGCACACUGGAGGCACUGCGCCGUACAACCAUGCAGGGGGCAUGAUUUCCUCGCACACUUCCGGUUCGGGAAGCAGGGUGCAUCCGAUGCAGAAGAACAUGGCGGACCACCUCGGUGCCGCCGACCCGGACAUGUACGGAGAUGUGAAUGCGUACUACAAUCAGCAUCUGCUGGCGCAGCAGCACCUGAACAUGAUGAUGCACCCCAGCACCUACGGAGGGCAGUGGUACGGAUCGUGGAAGCCCGGGUCGAAAAACGACGGGAAUAAUGGCUGUAGGGAAAUGGAAAGAGCUCUUCUCUUUUGGUUUUGGAUAUAGGAUUUUGUGUUUCAUCUGUACUAGGCCAGUUCGUAGUUCGAUCCUCGUAAAAUUUGUAUAUGCUACCAGCAUGAUAUAUGUGGUACUCCGCGUGGGCAGAGCGAGCAGCUUUGCGCCGGCAGCGCGACUUUUGCGUAACCUAGCAGCGUAAUUUUUCAUUUCUUUUUGACGUCCCUGUAACAGUUCGUUUUUGAUUGAUCUGCAGGUGCAGCUCCCUUUCUUCGUGUCCUAGUGAAAGACGCAGCAGUAUUACAGCUACACGCUUCUACCUCUGGCACUUCAAGAAUUGUAUAUGGCGGCACGACACCAACUCAGACUCUAGGUAGAAGUACAAAUAGUGCACGUGACACUUCCAAUCUAGUUCUAGAGAGACGCGAGAGAGUUCUUUUCAUUUCCAUUUCCCACAGCCACCAUUUCAACACGCGUGAUCGCUCGCGCAGUGCGUACCAUGCGAUGCAGCAUGACAAAACCUCCACUUCUCAACAUCAUCAACAAAACCGCUACCAGGACAACCGGUGCUAUGAUGCACAAACAAGUCGGCCACCGACCGCGAAACAACAUGAAGGAACUGGCAAUUAUAUCAACGUAGCAGGUAGUGCUUCAUCUGCUUCAUCAACGACAGGGAACACGAAUAGUAGCAACACCAACAAUUCCACCCAGAAUCAAAAUGGUAAUUCGGACAACAAGAUGUUGAAUCGCACGACGGCCAUUCGCAGUGGGGACGUCGAUCAGCAGAUGAAACAGAACGAAAUCAUGCCGGGAUUGACGGUGUCUAGCGCAGCUAGCGGUAGUAGUACCACUGGCACUUCUUCCUCCUCUUCGUCCCAGCACAGCAGAUCGCAUGUCGUGCCCAGCACGACCGCAAUCACUAAUGGGAUCGUGCAUGUCCGUGCGUCGGGUUCGGGUAGUGGUCAUCAAAUUGGUUCUACUGCAACUCAUCACCAGCACAAGCGCGACAGGGACUAUCGGAACAACAAUUUGCACAAAACCUUCCGACCGCAACCCGGCAUGCCCUUGCAGCCGAUCGGAAGCAGUGGUGUGCAUGUGCAGACGGUGCAGGAGGGGCAAAAUCAGAAGUCGCAGUCCAACACGAUUGACAAUCGUGUUUCGAUGAAGGCGGCUUCCUCUCUGCGGACGAACAUCACCAACGGUACGUCGAAUACGGCCCAAUUAGCUGCGACUAACAUUGUGAACCCCCCAAUUUUCAACCCGAUCACGCAACCGACUUCCAGCUCCGCGCCCCUAGCGCCGUUGAAGCGGAAGAAGCACUACGGCGGGGGGAAGAAAUCUUCUACUCGUGGUCUUCCUGGUACGUACUCCGAUGCUGGAGAUCAUCAAUCGGAAGUCGGCGAGGACAGCGAUGUGGAGGGUCCACCGCUGCGGAAACACGCUUCGGAGUCGCUGUUUCUAGACUGCGCGAGGACUCUGUGGAAAACGAAUCAGGUCGAUCCGGGGAAGGCGAAAGCGAUGCUGGACUUGCGGAGUGGUGGACAGAAAGGGGAUCAUCUCUUUGCGCGGAGGGAAAUAAACAAGGUAAAGUGAAGAUUUCGAUUUGUAUAUGAAAUGCAAAUCCCGCUUUAGACUCAGACAGAGGUAAAUCCAAACUAAAGGAGAUGAAGGGCGGUCGAUUGUUGAUGAAGAUUCUGAAAACAUGUAAAACACGGAUGAUGUUACCUCGCAAUAUUUCAGCCCUCCAGCCGCGGUUCAACAUCGUCCCAGCAGCAGGUAGACAUGUCCGUGAACCUCCUGUGCCCGACUUCCACGAACACUACCCAGGAGCCCAUGUCUGGAAAACCCCGUUGCGACAGCGACGUCAGCCUGAUGAGCGUCAAAACUGGACCGGGAGUUGUGAUGGUGGAGGAAAGCGAAACCAACCACAAUGCGAAUAUGCAUGACGAAGUGAUGAAGAUGAACAUCAUCAGUCAACCCGGUGCAGCAGUUAUCACAAGCUCGGAGGAGCAGGAAGAGGGGGAAAAUGCGAGUGACAACAACCGAGACCAUCGCGCUGUUUCCUUCGGCGACGAGUCGGCGUUUGAUCUGCUGAGCAAGGGAGAAAUGGAGGAUGAAGAACAUGAAGACAGCAAAGAACACAAUGCAUUAAAUCAAUCCACAAAUCAUCCGAUUGUCGAUGUGGACACGAGGAACAGCCACCACGGAAAUGUCAGGCAUGACAAGCCGGCCCAUCGUCAGCGGUCCAAGUCCUGUUCUUCCAGAAAUUUGUCCGAAGCCGCAAUUGCACUGGAAAAGAUCAGGACCAGUGGGGUUGUGCAGCCGCAGGAGGGAGGAGAAUGCAAGAACAGUAGUACCCAGGAAGACGACAAGGCUGCUAUCGCUGUUUCAUCCGCCGCGGGCGCUGCCAAGGACGGGUACCAGGAUAAAAAGUCUGGUAAUAAUCAUAACGGCGGCAAGACUGAGAAGGAGAAGCCGGGAGUCGUGCACAAGCAGGACAAGGAGCCGAGCACGCGGCGCACGAUGAAGGAGCUUAUGCAGCUACUGUCUGAAGAGUCGAAGAAACGGUCGGCGGCGAACUCGGUGACGAGUCCAGAAUGGACGGCAGCAUCAAAAGAUGCUGUGAGGAAGCGCCGCAGCUCGGAUGUUGGUAUAAUGAUGAAUUGCCGUGAUAAUGAACAGCUGCACGUAAUAGUUAGCAACAACUUGUGAUGCGAAAACGGUGCAUGAUAGAGUUCCCUCCUCCUUGUGUACAACCGAUGCUCAUGAUGAGAAAGAGAAACUACGAUCGCAAAAUACCAUUUGAUUUACAAAAAUCGCCAAAAAAUCAAAAUGCAAAAGGUUCCUUGACCGAGUACGAGCACCGGAUCUUCAAAUACCUGAAAGCCCGCGAAAGCGAAUUUCCGAUCCCCCACAUUUCCCACUUUGUCGACGUCGGAAAGCGUGCUUUACUCGUCGACUGGCUGAUCUACGUGCACUUGCACUUCAAAUGCCGGGAAGAAACGCUGUUCAUCGCGGUUUCUCUACUGGAUCGGUACCUGCUCAAAGUCGAGGAGCAGAAGGUCCAGCAGCGGAAGGAACGGGAGCUGUUGGAAAGACAGCAAAGCCGGUUUGGUGGAAGUCAACAUGGCGGACGGAACAGGGUUGCUUCCUUUUCGAACCUGGACCUGAUCAUGGGCCAGGAGGAACUGUACAUCACCGGGAUCGCGUGUAUAAAUUUGCUUUUACUUAUUUUUACUAAGUAGUGAUUUUCAUUUUUGUGUGAUCCCAAUGCAAUCAAAAAUGGUGCGAUCGUGCGUGGCAGAUCAAAGCUUGUUGCUCGCAUCAAGUAGAUCCGCAUGUUCUUCAAAGCACAACGCAGCUGUAUGCGGAAUCACAGUGAUGACAUGGAACAAUAAAUUAGUCUUUCGCACUGAGGCUAGUAGCUACGGCUCUGGUUCAGAGGAUAGACAUUUUCCCACCUAGUCUGAUAGUGCAACUUUCGAUCUUCAUGAUGUGCAGGAGAGCGGUUCGAUUACGAUUUUGAAUAGUUCAUUACGUUGCGGCGCAUGAGAAAGUAGAUGGUUUUUGAUGUGCUUUUUCCCAUGAGAAAUUGAACUUUUCAGGUUUCCUGAUCGCCAGCAAGUACGAAGACAUCCACCCGCCGAAAAUCGAGCAGUUGUUGCAACAGGUAUAUAGAGAGAAGGCUAUUUGUAUUGCAGAUGCUGCAAGAAAAUUUGUGCUUGUAAUGCUGUGUGUGCGUAUCAACAGACUUAGACGUACUUAGAUAGAGGAGCGAACGUGAAAGAAAAAGUCGUAGAAGUCGGUCAACGUCAAGCAGAUGAUUGUGCGAGAUUACCAUGUGACGAGUUCUACUAGUAGUUGCGCACGACCAUCUUACGCAUUGUUCUAGUCAGCAGAUAAGCUUUAACCUCUUUGCUUUUCUGUGUUACGACAAUGCAAAACCAAACCGCAUUUUUGUGUACACCUCCUCUGGUCAGCCUGUUUCUGGUUUUCAGAAACUACAUGACUGGAAUUUUAAGGUCGCAAAAUGCGCACUUUUCGCCCUUGAGAGUUGAAGGUGUGGGUUAUUGCUGGUGUAGUUUAAUAUUUUCACGGCCUUGUCUUGGUACGAGGCAGUGAAUUAAUAUUUCACACUGGCAAGCAAAACUCUCCCGGCCUUCUUAGUGUGGCGAAGGACAGUGCUACUUUUUUUAAUUUGUGAAGAUUGAGCGAUAUUUAGGUCUCUGUUUAGUUUCUUCUAGGAGGCAUCUGUAUGACUGGAGUUGAAGAGCGUUUUUUAAGCACGCCUUCCGUGAAAGCGUGUCCUCUGCUACGAAGAGGGAGUGCAGCAGGAAAGCCGCUCUUCCUGCGCCACCUGAGGGAGCGAAAUAGUCUAGGGCCAGGCCCAAACUCCUUUGCCUGUCGUUCUCCCUAACAAAGGGGAAUAAAAGAGCGCUUUUCAUCCCUCGAGUUGCGGCAUUUAGCACCGCUAUUCUGGCUACCCUGGUUGACAUUUUUCGGAAGAAACAAUCGGCGCGGAUAGCACGAGAUGUGUGUUUCUGCUCUGGUCAUGCGCCGAUGCUGACGCUCCUCGGGAGGAGGUACCACCCUUGCGAGAUCAGCCGGUUCUGCGGAUGCGCUUUGCGAGGGUCUAAACAGCCUGAGGACCGCAGCGUAGCGUGUCGGAUAGUCUCUGGCUGUCCUGGCAGUCCGUGCAGUUUUACUGCAGUCAACAGGGCGAGCGCGAGCGCGAGCGGGUAUUUAUAGGUAAAGCGAGCGCUUUGCGCUUCUAUUGUAGAGAUCAUUAAGCCCCCACAGCUGCGCGACAACCUGGUCCACUUUUGUCAAUUUUCCGCGAAUUCCCAGUGUUUAGCGUAGCUAUUCUGGCUACCCUAGUCGGCGUUUUCCCUCGCUUUAAUUCGCGCGGGUAGCACAAACAACUGCGCAUAUCUGCACUUUGCACGCGCCGAAUCUGAGGCUCCGGCUGGCCUGGAUUCCCCGGCCGCUGCGAGCCCAGCCGGUUCCGCGGGUGCGCUCUGAGAGGAGCUGGCCACUCUGAGGACCUCAGCGUAGCGUGUCGAGCGGCCUCUGGCUGUUCUGGCAGUCCGCGCGUUUUUUGCUGAUCCCCGGCGGAGAUCGGGCGUGCGUGCGGGGUAUAGCUAAAGAGGAUUCUGCUCUAGAAGAUGCGGCACAGCUACAGCCUGCCCAAAAAUCCUCGUCGAAGGUUUUGGUUUUGCCCGAGGUCGUGUGUUUAGCAGACGUAAUCUGGCCACCUGCCUCGUAUCCUUUUUCCGCAUUUUCAUUUACGCGGGUAGCGCCGAGUGCGCGUUUCUGCUCCUCUCACGCGCCGAGACUGAGCUUGACAGUGCUCCGGCUGAUUCCCAAUCGCUCUGCUAGCCAUCAAGUUUCAGGCGGUUCUGCGGGUGCGCUGUCAGAGGGCCUGAUCUGAUCAGCCCGAGGACCUGAGCGUAGCGUGUCGGGCGUUGAUAUGAUGCCCGGGCAGUCCGCGUGCUUUUUGAAUAGACGAGUACUGUGGAGGUACUCACUUCUCUUUUCCAGUUUUUCUCAGAACAAGCUAUUCUUCAUCUUUCCUACUAUUGUUUCACCCGAAAAGUCAUGUUUAGCAGAGGUUAUUCUGGCGACGCGGUGAGGUCAUUUCCUUCCUGUGCAAGUACCAUGCCGGUAGUGUCUAGCACGCGUCUCUGCAUGUUGCGCGCACCAUGUCCGACACUGCGGCGCCUCUGCUAGCUGGGGGGUCAAGCUGGGUGGAGGCGGGUUCUGCGGGCGGUGCAAUCUGAGAGGAGCCUGAAGCUUCGAUGAUCGGAAUGUAGCGCGUCGAGCGCUGUCAUCUGUGUGCGAGGCGGGCACGAUACACAUGGCGGGCUCUGGCAGUCGGCAAGGGGGUGGAUUUUUGCUACUGCUGGGGGCAAUCCUUGCACAGAUGGCUGUGGCCUGUGUUGAUAGGGUCGCAGGCACUUCAUUUCAUCGAAGAAGCUUAAGCUUUCCCGUAGUUUUUUUGUUCGCGAAAGACCGUGUUUAGCAGAGCAAUUCUGGCGACCCCUUAGCGCUCUUGCUUCAAAUUCUUGGGCACGCGGAGAGCCGACACGGGUCGGCAAAUCUGCCAUAUUGGCACGCCAUGUAAGUUUCGGUGCGGCGCUGCUAGCUGGAGCCCUCCGAACUUCGGGUCCUGCGGGUGUGCACAUUGAAGGCUUGAGUUCAAGCCUGAUGAUGGGGCAUAGUGCUGGGAGAGAGGCGUGCAGCUUUCCCGGAAGACGUACUGCAGCUCCCUCCGGCAAUCCGCGUGAUUUUACAUGGCAUAUUGACAUGGACAACGCCACUUUUUUUGCGCGAAAGCUCGUAGCUAGCAACUCUAUUUUGGCGACCCCGCGAAACCCUUGUCCGUAGUUUGUACGAGUGCGCGGAGAGUCUGUCCCUACACAGGCAAUCCUGCCAUGCGGGCACGCCAUGCCCAAACUCAUCGCCAUGCAUAAUCAAUCCACCAGCAAACCGUUACGUUUUUCAACAGGCCAACCUCCAUGCGGAGAAGGAGCAGCACAAGAACGGUGGACGGUGCAAUGUGAUCAAGAAGGAGCAGAUUCUGAAGGCCGAGGUGGUGAUUCUGAACAUGGUGAAUUUCGACAUCAACCCUGGAACCUUCUCCAUGGACUUCCUCAAGCGCUUGAUCCGCGUGACCAAGGAAUUUGACCACAUUGUUUACCCCCAGUGGCUAAAAACCCGGGACGCAGAGACGCAAACCCGGGAUUUUCAAAUCGCGAAGGCCAUGAUGGAAAUGUUGGCGUUGUUCUUACUGGAGCUAGCGAUGAUCGACGCCAGUCUGUUCUCCGCGCACGAAGCCAGCUCCGUCGCAGUCACGGCUUUGUACUCGAUAAACUUCUUUUUGCCUACUUUGGAUUUUCGCUUGUUCUUCUUCGCAUGACAACCUUUCUCGACAACAAGAAUGCUAUGCUUGUUCAGAAUUCUGUGUUCAUCAACUGAGGAAAAUUUAGCAUUCUCUCUCUUUUCUAGAGCGACAGGACCUCCGUUUCGGCGGUUUUGUUGCCCGGAAGAGUAAACGCUUUUGACUUCAUUCGCUAUCUGAUGUUGAGCAUAUUAGUCCUGCUGGAGUUGUCACUAUGAACGUCUCGAUAAAACAAAGAAGAUCCUUGAUUAGGACCACGCAUGACAAAGUUCUGAAAGUAUAAUCGAAGAUGAAUUGAAUGCGUCCUUGUCCAAAAACAGGGUCCUUGCCUUGAAGAUCUUCGACUUUCCGCUCCCAGAGGAUUUGAAAAUAGCACUGAAGAGGGAAAUUUCUGAUGCGAAAUCCCUCGUGAAUAUGCAAUACAAAUUUCCUGUCCAUGUACAAAAUGCAUUACAAACGUCACCAACUUGGAGCAUGCCGCUUGUCAUGCUAGAUAGAAUUGAAGGAAAAUAAUUUUGUCAUGCAGAAACAGCAUUUGUACAUGUACAGGAAGUCUCCUGUGGAUAGUGAAGCCGGAGAUCAUGAAUUCGAUGCGGAACAUCUGGGACGCGUCCGGCCGGGAGAAUUUUCUGUACUCGAAUCUGCCCCGGAAAUUUCGGACGGACACCUACUUCAGCAUCGCGAAGUGGACGCUGAUCCUGAAGGACGCCAUGCACAUGCGGGAAACGAAGGAGAAGGAAGAAAUCGCGAAGGCAGAGUCGAUCCAGCAGAAAAAAGUUGCUUCAUCAUCAAAACAGCACCACUCUACUAUUUCCUCAGCAGCCUCGCCAGAACAGCAGAUCAGGAGCGCCAGCAAGUGCAAUGACGAGGACGAUGAUGUGUACCCACCCAGAGAUGUUCAUGUGGUUCACAGCCGCCCCGGUAGCAAGUCCUCCACAACUUCCUCAUCCACCGGCGGAAAGAAGAAGAAGAGAAUGUCGAAACCAACAACUGAUCACAGCACAAACAGCUUGGCGCGAACCAGCAAUCAGAAUACCUGCAGUCCGGAAACGUCGAGUCAGAGCGAGUACUCGGUGAGUGCCAUGGGGAGCAGCAGCAGUGAGAAUAAUCACAGCCGGAGAGUGUCACGGGUGGAUGGCGGAAUUAGUAUGUCGCCCGACGAGCCGAUGGUGGAACAAGGCAGUAAUGCUAAUGCGAUCGGGGCAGUGAAGGCAACAUUUGCUUCUACUGCAGUUGUUGGUGUUGCUGGCGCUGGGACAUCAAAGCCGCGUGAUAUUCACCCGCCCGGGAAGUUCGGAACUGCGCGAUUGUCGUCUAUGUCUACUUAUGAACUGCAAAAGUAUCGUACUCGUAUAAAUGCAUCACAAAUUUCCCCAGCAUGAGAAACUAAAUUUGUCAUGCGGAUUUACCUUAGGAAAAAAAUUUGCAAUGCAAGACCUGCAUUUAUACGAGUGCGAUACUUUUGCACAGGAUACUGCCGGCAGUGCCUGCUCACCACCGGAGGCGCAUUAUCAAAUGUAAAAGUGUCUGGGUCUGGAAGAAUGCAAGUUGUCAUGCUAAAUCUGAAGCAUGCAAAAAUCUGUGUUGCAUGAUUACCAGAAGUCGUCCAGUUUUGACCAAGUCGGGGGGGAGUUUCUCAUGCAGGAUAGGCAUGAGAGAGAUCGCACAGAAUCUGUCAUGCUAGGUCCUGCAUUCCAGACCUCCUGGGUCAUGGAAAAGCUGCAUGACAAAUCGCGCAUUCUUCCAGACCCAGACACUUUUACAUUUGAUACGCAUCACUGAUAGUCGAUUUACCGGCUCUAGCGAUCGUGCUGUUGUUCUUGCAGCGGAGUGGAAACAAAAUGGGGGAGUAGAGACAAGUGUAGUUUCUUCGCACCGCUGCAGGAACAGGACGGGAUUUUAAAUGAAUGAUUCCUUUUUAUUGGGCCGCACGAAGUGAUUCACACUCGUAUGAGCUUCAUCAGAUGACCGUAUUUAUGAAUAGAGUGUCCGUGUUUUCGUCGUUGCGUGAUGCAAGCCAUGUUUAAAACAUGGCGCCGUGCGGGUGCAGCGACUAAUUAGUUGUACCGGAGAACGAGGAAGUGAAAGAGUGCCUGUCUCCCAUUUCGCCAGUGCUUACAGACAGAGAUUUAAAGGUUUUCAUCCGCAAUGAAUAAUAGGAAAGUGUAGGUGAACUAUCAGUAUCACCGCGUUUUUCUGUGUUGUGACUCCACGUAUAGAGUUCUAAGCAGUUCAGUUGUAUGUAGGCAUACUGUUUCCUCAUCAAAUCAGCCUCAAAAUUUUCGACUCUUGUAUUCUUUCACCCGAUGUUCAUAUUACCAUUUCUGCUUGUAUCACCCAAUGAGUUAGUUCGACGUAUUUCUGCGCAUUCAUCUUGUUGUAGUUCUGAGAAGUGAUCUUCUACUUGUUCCCUAGUGCUAGUAACACUACCCGUAAAAACCGUUCACGACUACAGCUGAACAAAAUUACAUGACUCUUCAAGUCUAACCCAUUCCGGCGAUUCUGCACAGCAACGGUGCUUUUCUAUGUACAACUAUAGCGACUCGACAAAAACAGGUAGAAUUAGGAUAGAUGAAGUGCCAAUCGAUAUGAACAAGAAUUUUUUCGUAAAUAAAAUGUACCAACAACAUCCCGCCCCAAAGAAUUAUCAAAGAAAACUAUAACUCUGUUCUGCUUCUCCUAUGAAUUUUCUUUGUAUUAUUGUGCUACCUAAGUUCUACUUCUAUCUCCCACCCAGUCCGAAAGUUUUGAAUUCUUCUAAAUGACAGUAACUAAAAGCUGCAAUUUGUAUAGCGGACGCUCGCUUUGGCGUUCGCUUGCGAUGUCGCGUAUUCCUCGGUCGCUUAUAGUUCUUCGUCUCUUUCUUUCUAGGUUUUCUUGCAGAUAGUAGCGAUCUUCUAGAUGUAGGAGCUUCGUCUAAUACAAGAUCGUGCUCUACUAGUGACUGUGGUGUCGAGAAUUCAGCGCGAAGUUCAAAUCAUGACUCUAGACUCUAGAGCACCCACGGACCCACCAGCACUGCAGUUUCACAAACAAAAACAAGCAGGAACGCCAACUUUCAUGGAUCGGCAUUUCUUGCUCUACGACUACGAUUUGUUUACCGCUAGCUUUCUGUAGUAGUCUCUCCAGUUUGUUUUCAGCUUUCCUUUUGCUCAGUACUGAUUCAGUACAACAGAGGGAAUUUAUUAGCACAAUCGACAACGACGACGAACACAAGUAACAGCCACAGCAAUCAAAAAAUAUACCCUAUCUAUGAAGAAGAGUUUUUAAUCCCGCCACCCUACCUGCGAAACAAUUCAACCGUUCUGCUGAGAUACUUGCGAAUGAACCCGAAAAUUGACUCUGAUGUAGAUGUGUAGUAGCAUCACGAGUACUCGUUCGAAGCCGAGGAUUUUCACGUGACUGAUAUUUUCUCCGCCAUUCGGCCUCUGGCAGUUACUACCUCCCAAGGGAGUUGCGCCAGGCUGUUGUCGUUAGUUGUUGUGUUUAUUUCUUUGUGUUUCUUAGAAGUGGCCGGUGGGGCCGCGGUGCCUUUCUUUGCGCGUGGACGCGGCGGAGUAGGAGUGCGGUGGUAUUUUGUGGUUGAUACAACAGCAGAACAGACUGAAAAAA